AUGAGUGCCACUUCAAACAACAUAAUCUCCCUCCGUCGCCAUGACUUCGACAAUCUACGAACCUUUCUAACCGGCCUUGUGGUCGUUCACCACACCGCCGUCGCAUAUGGAGCGCCAGGAGGAACGCCGUUCAAAUCGACAAUAACCAGACUGGCAUUUCCGGGAGCGGAAAUUCCUCUAACCAUCUCAGCUGCUUUCAAUCAAUCAUUCUUCAUGGGCCUCUUCUUUUGGAUAUCUGGACGCAUGUCGGCUCAGUCGCUUGAGCGUAUAGACCGAGACCCCAAUCGAACAAGAUGGUCUUUCAUGAAGAGCAAGGUGCUGAGGUUGGGGCUCGUCGCUGUUGUGUACUCUUUCCUGGUUCAACCUUUUAUUAGUCUCAUUCCUCUUAAGGAAUGGACUUAUUCCUCUAUUUCAGGGCAACUUGCUGGGUAUUUCUCGACGAUGCGUAGCGUCCGCGGGCCAGUUUGGUACACAACCAACUUAUUAUUGAUGGAUGCUAUAACUGCGUUUGUCGCCCCGGCAGUUGAAACUCCAAGCACGGCGGAUGAAAAGACCGAAACGCAGAUAUUCGAAAACAGCAGUCCAAAACCCCCCUCUUGGUACACGUUGCUCGCCAAUUAUGGAUGGAUUGGAGCUGCCGUUGUCAGCUUCUUUGUCCGGCUGUACUAUCCUGUCGGGACAAACUUGCCAAUCACAGCACUACAACCAGCUCACGGUGCGCAAUAUGUAUUGGCAUACACCAUGGGACACGCUUCAUGGAGAUACGGUACCUCUUUCAUCAGUCCGUUCACACUGGAUGACACAGAUCAAGAGGAGACGGACACCGAGUCUGGCGGCUCACUACAUAACAAGUCCGACAGCUCUACUCGCUCCAUCAUCACCGCUACACUUGUAUCUCUCACAACAUUACCACUAGUCUGGCUACCAUACUUAUUCCGCGACACCGCCGAAAACUGGGUUGCCAAUUCGCUUACUGACGUCAGCGGAGGAUGGAACUAUCCCGCCGUCAUCUAUGCCUUCUGGAAUGAGUUUUCUUUCGUACUUCUCUGCCCUGCGUUUGUCAAGUAUUUCGCCGCUUGGUAUAACAAGCCCGCAAGCUCCAGUCUCUUUCAGGCCAAAUACUCGUACGGUGCGUUUCUCGUGCACAUGCUUGUCAGCAUUCUUCCUGAAAUAGCUUUUGAUCGAUUCUUGGGUUAUGGAGGGAAUAAUGAUGCCCUGGCUACUAAUUCUGUGUGGAGAUGGCUUGGACCUUCUGUUAUGACUGUUGUUGUUGGAGCUGUUAAUGUAUAUGGGUCGUUUGGGGUGGCGAAGUUCUGUCUGGAUAUGUUUCCGUCUUUGCGGAGAUUUAUUUGA